AUGAAGCUGUUGAAUAUUGCAGCGUCUUAUCAAUCUUAUGUGGCCAUCAGAAAUCAGAGUUCACUUGAUUUGCCAAUUCUUUGUACGGUCACAAAUCAUGAAGAUGCACUUUCUGCAGAAAUAAAUAAGGUUACCAGGAGAACCAGAGCGACCAUACUGUGUGCUCUGCCUGCAAAAGCUAAAUCAACAAUGGAAAACGAAUCUUCAACGAGUUACAUGUCCCGAUAUAUGUAUGACAUCACUCGCGGACUUGCUAAUUUAAUCGGCAAUUACGAUUGUUUUAAGUCUGGGAGGACUGUCUACAAGGAGUUGGGAAAUGGUGUUCGUCGGAAAUCUACUAGAAAUCCGACUGUCAAAGUAUACUAUUUCUCACAACGUUUUUUGGAUGAAAAAUAUUUCUUCCAAAAAACCCUGUCUUAUUGUGGUGACAGGAUUAGUGACUUAAACAUCUCCACUUUCAACAUGAAUAGCCCUGCAACGCAGAAUGCAGGUGCGAUAAUUCAAAUGGCAGCUACUUUAUCAUUUUCGACAGCCCGUCCACUUCAGUAUUUUUCAGAGUUAACCGUCGCCGUACCAGUAACAUCGGUUCCCUGGCAGUUUGCCAACACAGUUCAUGACCAGAAUCACAAAGAAACACAAAUAACAGGGUUUUGGAUUGAUAUCUUCGAAGCAGCUGUUACAAUGAUGCCAAUCAAUACCACUUACAAACUGGUCCCAUUUUACGGUUCUGAUGAUCAAUUGCUCAAGGAAGUUGCUCGCAAGACUUUUGAUGCAGCUGUUGGCUUAACAGUAAUUACAGAGUACCGGUCCCAGGUUGUAGAAUUCUCAUAUCCCAGUUUUGAAGUAGGACCGGUGGUAGUGAUGAAGAAAGAUUUUGAAUUGAACCAAGUUUUUUCAUUCAUGAGCCCUUUUACCGACGACAUGUGGCUUACUUUGGCAUUAAUGACUAUCUUCACUGCUUUUGUUAUUUGGUUAGUUGAACAUAGAACUGGUAAUGAAUCUGGAGGUAACUUGCCUGCUAGAAAAGUUGGAGCUAUCUUCUGGUUCUCUUUUGCGACUCUCUUCUAUGGAGGACAUAGAGAAUCACCCAGGAACAGCUUAACUUAUUUUGUACUGGCCCCAUGGUUAUUCCUGAUCCUGGUUGUCACUUCAACCUAUACAGCGAGUUUUACUUCCAUGAUAACAGGCUCAGAAACCGAGUCAUCUAGCUUGGAUAUAGAAAACCUCAAGAUAACAAAUGCAAUUAUCGGUUGUGAUGGAGAUUCUAUUAUCUUCCGUUAUAUAGUGGAGGUCUUUGGUUUCCAGCGAAAGAAUAUCAAGAACAUUGCUCAAUCUUCAAUUGAUGAUUAUGCAAAGGCUCUAUCAAGUGGAAAGAUAAAGGCUGCAUUCCUUUUGACGCCUUAUGCCGAUGUUUUCCUUGCAAAAUACUGCAAAGGCUUCAGUGUGUGGAACCCAAUACGUAAUCUACACGGUUCUACAGUUGUGUUUCCACAGGGUUCUCCUUUUGUUGAAGAGAUGUCAGUUGCAAUGUCGAGAUUACUGGAGAGCGGAAAAUUCAAACAAAUGCAGGAAGAAAUGCUAUCUUCUUCAGAUUGUUCGGGUUCAACAAUUGAUGGUACCAUAAAACGAGGAAUAGGGCCAGGGCCCUUCUCAGGUUUGUUUAUUUUAUCAGGCGGGACAUCUGCACUUGCAAUGUUCAUCACGGUCAUUCCCCUGAUGAAAAGACGUUGGGAGAGCUGCAUCCAGAGAAUGUUGAUAGGCAGAGGACUUUGGGUGUGGCUCACAACUCUGUUCUCUCAAACCCUGAGAAGAAAUGAGCUUGAAAUUCAAUAUCAAGGAUAAGUUCCCCCUCUCAAACACAA